CAUAGCGCCUCAAAACGCGGAAGUGCCGUCGACCCGUCCGUAGUGGAAGUGUGGCUGUAGAAAAUGCGGUGUUGGUGUGUGUGAGCGAGACAUGGUGCCGGAACAUGGGAAGCAGCAGAAACGCCCGUCGCAGCCGACUCCUAGCGAGAGCGACACGGACGGAUCGUUCGUGUUUGAGGCCAAAGAGGCCUGGAAGGAUUUCCAUAACUCCCUCAGACAGUUUUACGAGAACGGAGAGCUGUGUGACGUCACCUUGAAGGUUGGGAACAGAUUGAUACCAUGUCACAAACUGGUUCUGGCCUGUGUGGUGCCGUACUUUCGUGCCAUGUUCCUCUCAGACAUGGCUGAGGCCAAACAGGAUUUGAUUGAGAUUCGAGACUUCGAUGCCGAUGCCAUCCAGGACCUGGUGCGCUUCGCGUACUCCUCCCGCCUGACGCUGACGGUGGAUAACGUCCAGCCGCUGCUGUAUGCUGCGUGUAUUCUGCAGGUGGAGCUGAUCGCUCGGGCCUGCUGCGAAUACAUGAAAGCUCACUUCCACCCCUCCAACUGUCUGGCCGUCCGCACCUUCGCAGAGAGUCACAACAGGGUGGACCUGAUGGACAUGGCCGACCGCUAUGCCUGUGAGCAUUUCAGCGAAGUGGUGGAGUGUGAGGAUUUCAUCUGCGUCUCGCCUCAGCACCUCAAAACGCUGCUGGCCUCCAGCGACCUGAACAUUCAGUCCGAGACUCAGGUCUACAACGCCGCCGUUAAAUGGCUCAAAGCUAAUCUGAAACACCAUGACGUCUGGCUGGAUCAGAUCAUGUCUCAGGUGCGUCUUCCUCUGCUGCCAGUGGAUUUCCUCACAGCCACUGUUGCCAAGGAGGAGAUGAUCAAGGCCAAUUUGAACUGCAGGGACCUUUUGGAUGAAGCUCGGAAUUAUCAUUUGCACCUUAGUAACAAAAGCGUUCCUGACUUUGAGUAUUCGAUCCGUACGACUCCACGCAAGCACACCGCAGGUGUGUUGUUCUGCGUCGGAGGACGGGGCGGCUCCGGUGACCCGUUCCGCAGUAUCGAGUGUUACUCCAUCAGUAAAAACAGCUGGUUCUUCGGGCCUGAAAUGAACAGCAGACGCAGACAUGUGGGAGUGAUUUCAGUAGCAGGGAAAGUUUAUGCUGUUGGAGGCCAUGAUGGCAACGAGCACCUCGGGAACAUGGAGAUGUUUGAUCCACAUACCAACAAAUGGAUGAUGAAAGCCUCCAUGAACACAAAACGGAGGGGGAUUGCUCUGGCGGCUCUCGGCGGACCCAUCUACGCUAUCGGCGGCCUCGACGAUAACUCCUGCUUCAGUGACGUGGAGCGUUACGACAUCGAGUCUGAUCGUUGGAGCGCCGUGGCCCCGAUGAACACACCCAGGGGAGGCGUGGGGUCUGUGGCGCUCGGGGGCUAUGUGUAUGCGGUCGGAGGAAAUGAUGGCGUGGCAUCUCUGUCCAGCGUGGAGCGUUUCGAUCCUCACCUGAACAAAUGGACAGAUGUGCGAGAGAUGGGCCAGCGGCGUGCUGGGAACGGUGUGAGCGAACUCAACGGAUGCCUCUAUGUUGUUGGCGGGUUUGACGACAAUUCUCCGCUGAGCUCAGUGGAGCGUUUCGACCCCAGGACCAAUCACUGGGAGUAUAUGGCGGAGUUGACCACUCCCAGGGGCGGAGUUGGCGUUGCCACAGUGAUGGGGCGUGUCUUUGCCGUGGGGGGACACAAUGGAAACAUCUACCUGAACACGGUGGAGGCCUUCGAGCCCCGGAUGAACAGAUGGGAGCUGGUGGGCUCUGUGUCUCACUGUCGGGCCGGGGCCGGAGUCGCCGUCUGUUCCACUCACAUCAGUCAGAUUCGAGAUGUCGGCCAGGGCUCCAGUAAUGUGGCUGACUGUAUGUAGUCACAUCGUCAUCCUUUGACGCACUACAACACUAAUGCUUCUGCCUGAAUGCACUCCGUUUGUUUUUUUUUUAAAUUUUUUUCUAAUGUUCACGCGAUCACUGUAUCUGGUGUUUUUUGCUGCUUGAACUGCUGAAAGUAAUUUCUCCAAAAGACGAUAAGAAAUCAUCAGUAAACCAGACUACAGCGUUCAGAAGCAGAAGUUCGUUCCUCUAAAUAUCCAUGACAUGAGCUCAGUGAAGCGUUCGAAAGGCAGAAUGACAUCUGAUACUUGGUUAAAAAUCACAGUUUUGUGACUUCAGGGUGCAAAGAACGGUCAAAAGAGAUUGUUCUGUAGCCGGGUGUUUUGCGUUCGUACAAUCACAGACGCGAUCAGGACAAAACGAGAGAUUCACGGGAUGGCAUUUCUGUCGUGUGUCUUAAUGGAACCCUGCAUAAAGUCUGUAUAACGAUUAGAUUCGGUUCCAGCUUUAGGUUUGUGCAGACGAAUCUAGAGCAAUGAUGUGUGAUAAAGGAUUGUGCUUCUGUUCUGCUUUUCACUGCCAAACAUGAACAGCCACCCGAGAGAAGCUCAGAAAGGCUUUAUGUUGCUUUGGUCUAUUACAAAUGUAAAGCUUUUCUGGAUUGCUUUAUUGUGUUCACCUUGUUUUACAUGAUUUCGAUAAUAAAUAUUAAAAAAGUUUGCAUUUUUAAACCGAUGUGUUGUACCAUGAGGGAAUGCAUUGAGAUCUUUGAGUCUGGUGCGUUUUCUUUUUCCAGUGUGACUUGAGUCUUGAAUAGAAAAUAACGUCUGAAUUCUAAAAAUGAAAUAUUUAUUUUAUGUAAUGCAUCUUUUUUUUUUUUUAAGAAGAAUUGAAAAACAAUUCAUAUUGUUGCUUGUAUACAGCAAUUAUUGUUUGGACUCUAGUGAAAUAAGAUGAUAUUUGAGAACUGUCGUUGAAAUUUGUGUUUUACAUUAUUGUUAAGGUUGCAUUCAGUGAUGUGAAACAAAAAUAAAUAUAUUCAUGGAGCGAUUUAUUUAAUAUUUGUGUAACUUUAUUCUGUCCACAGAUACUUGGGUAUCGACUGUAGUUGCUGAUUUAAAUGCAGUGUGUUUGAUAGAAGUGACUCUUGGCUUAUUUACCUAUGUGUAUAUAUUACUGUUUGGCUUAAUAGUUGUGCUUUUUUUUUUCUUCUUGUUUCAAUUGUCACAAAAUUAAAAAAAAAACUUUUCUGUGUUUUGAAACCAUGGUUUUUGAAGACGUAUAGAUUAGUAAUACAUUUCAUGCCAUAUGUUUGAAUGUGAAUAUAAUAUUGCAACAAUCCGUUGCGCCAGUAAACAGAUUAUCUAACAUCAACCCACGUGAGCGGUUUAAUGAACGGCGUUGUGUAAUUUAUAUUUUAGUUUUGUAUUUGCUGCAUUUUUAUAGUUUACCGUCCAUUUCGUCGCUAUAAAAUGGUUAAAAAGUAACACGCACGUAAAAGAUCUUAUUCAAAAUAUAUUGUCCUAAAAUAUGUGCUGUCAUAAGGGUUCUGCGACAAGCUUUUUGAACUUUGAAAUUUGAAUAAAAUUAGAAUCACAAAAGAAACAAUCAACAAAUGUGUGCAGAGAAACUUUUGUUGCUGUUAUUUUACACCUGCGUCUAGUUCUGUGUUUAGCAUGGACACAUUGACUUCUGCACUUCAUGUUAGUGUUUAAGUAAAUCUGCUUAAAUCAGUUAAAAAAUGUUUCUGACUUGCUUAGAGAGCAUUUUUGAUAACUUUAUCAACUUGAUUGCACCGAAACUAUUUGAAAUAAAUUGGUUUGGAUGCAACGUUAAACUGACUUUUUAUUGUUCUUUUGCAUUAUUUUAACACUAUUUCGCUGUUUUAACACAAUACACACUCUGUAUUGUAAAAAAAUAAAUAAAAGGUGACAAGAGAACAAA